AUGUACUGGUGUACUCGAGUAACUAACGCAUGCAAGACCAAGAGAUUCGGAGAGUCAGAGGCGUUAUUUACGGUUUAUCCUAAAUGUGAUGCGAUGCUGUGGGUAGACGAGUUUGUUGAGGUCAAGUUGUGUUUAAUGCUGUUUGUUGUUGAUAGCGGGUUUUGUUACCGAGUUAUCUGCAGGUAUAUAAUUAUACUUCUGAAGAUGUCGAUCAGUCCGUGUAAACUUGCAGGCUGA